GUAUUAAGCAGUGUUUACUUGGCAAUCAGUAAGAUCCCCUUUGCCCAGGUCACACAUGUUACUGUGCUUACAUAAAUGGGCACAGGGACAGCCCAUCAGUAACACAUGCAGGCUGAGGCUUGAGGUUACUGGUCUUAUUCCAAGCAGCCUAGGGAUGUAUUUUUGGCAGGACGCAUACUAAGCUCUGCAGUGUGUGCAGGAGACGCACAGGGUAUCGCGAGCUCUGCCAGCGGCUGUCUCUGCCUGAAUCCUGGGCUCCUAGCUGGAGAUUAAUGCUGAUCACUGUAUGGUUAUGCUCAUCAUAGAACAAGUCCUCAGAAAGCACCCCAGGGCCCAGCUACACCAGAGGUCUCUAAAUCAACCACUUCUUUCCAAGACUUUUGAUGUAUGCUGGAAGUGAGGUGCACUGGUUUUAGAAAAAAUAAAACCUCCAAACCACAAACAGAAUGACUCGGGAAGAAGAUGUACCGGACUCUCAGACCUCCCAGGAAUUUUAUGAAAAAUAUGAGCCUAAAGAGAUUUUGGGGAGAGGAGUUAGCAGUGUGGUACGGCGUUGUAUCUACAAGCCCACCAGAGAAGAGUUUGCUGUGAAGAUCAUAGAUAUAACUGGGGACCACUUAACUCCUGAACAAAUUUUAGAGCUAAGAGACUCUACGAUCAAAGAGAUAGAAAUCCUCAAGAAAGUUUCCGGAUACCCCAAUGUCAUUCAGCUUAAGGAUUGUUAUGAGUCGAACACAUUUUUCUUCUUGGUGUUUGAUUUGAUGAAGAGAGGGGAGCUGUUUGACUAUUUGACUGAGCAAGUCACUCUGAGUGAGAAGGAAACCAGGAAAAUAAUGAGGGCUUUGCUGGAAGUUGUCUCCAGAAUGCAUGCUGAGAACAUUGUACACAGAGACCUGAAACCAGAGAACAUCCUUCUGGAUGAUAACAUGAACAUAAAGCUGACUGACUUUGGGUUCUCUUGUCAAAUACCAAGGGGAGAAAGGCUAAAAGAAAUAUGCGGCACACCAGGUUACCUGGCUCCUGAAAUUCUGCAAUGCUCCAUGAAUGAGAAUCAUCCAGGAUAUGGUAUAGCAGUGGACAUGUGGAGUGCAGGAGUGAUAAUGUACACCCUCCUGGCUGGUUCCCCACCCUUUUGGCACCGGAAACAGAUGUUGAUGUUACGGAUGAUUAUGAGUGGACAAUAUGAGUUUGGUUCCCCAGAAUGGGAUGAUCGGUCGGACACAGUGAAAGAUCUGAUUGCUCGUAUUUUGGUGGUGAACCCAGAGAGAAGGCUCACAGCAGAUGAGGCUCUGGCCCAUUCUUUCUUCCAGCAGUAUGUGGUUGAGGAAGUGCGCCAGUUUAGUCCAUACAGGAAGUUUAAGGUGGUCUGUCUAACAGUUCUGGCUUCUGUCCGAAUAUAUAAUUACUACCGUAAAGUGAAGCCCAUCACUAAGGAAAUCGUCACACGGGACCCAUAUGCCAUCAAACCCAUUAGAAAGCUUAUUGAUGCGUGUGCAUUCAGGAUCUAUGGACACUGGGUGAAGAAGGGUGAAACACAGAACAGAGCUGCCUUGUUUGAAAAUACUGCAAAAGCCAUUCUUUUGUCUCUGGCUUCUGAGUCCAGUUUCUCUUAAAUGUUCUACUUCUUACCGAUAAGACAAGCAUGCCUAAACCAAUAGUCAGCAGACAGCGGCACAGUCUGCAGUACAUAAUUGUGUGAAUGUAAAUAUAUUUAUGCAACAGCAGUCAUGAAAUACUUAUGGUAAAUAUCUAUAUAUAAAGCUGC